GGCGGCGGUACAGCACGUGUGCGCCUGUCGCGGGCGGGCGACCGAGGCACGCGCCAGCUCGGUGGCCACACUGGGCCCUCCACCACCGGCUCCGGCUUUGAGCGCGCGACUGACGCGGCGCGCUACGGUACCGGUCCCAACGCCGCCACCACCGCCUGACGAACGACGACCGUUAAUCUGUGUACCGCUCUACUGUUUCGUAUUGUACUAUUUGUACUAUUGUGCGUUUACGCCGCGUCCCAUGCAGUCGUUCAGUUCAAACCGCUUUGCCGCGUUCAUUUUCCGCUGCAAUACAAUUAUUAUUAUUAUUGUUAUUAUUGUUGUUGUUGUUUGUGCAUAAUAUUAUGACACUUUAACCGUUUCGCCUGGUGUCUACAACGACAAACAAUAACAAUAUUUAACACUGUCCAGCAGUCACAACACGAAGAGAUUGUAUCGUUAUAUUAAUAAUAUUGUUACUACGCACAGUGUCAAUACGUGUGAAAUUUUUUCCUACCGUCAUCCGUCUGCCCUCCUAACGUAUUAUCGUAUCGUUUUCGGUGAAUUUUCGUGUCGUUUCUCGCUACGAACAUAAUAUUAUUACAAUUAUUAUUUUACCUACCGAUUGUCGCAAUACCACGCAACAAUAAUAAAAUAUAAUAAUACUAAUUAUAUUAUUAUUAUUAGCUUUACCAAUUAUCGUCUCUACUACGUACGACUGGCCAAUGGCGAACCGUUUUCACAUAACGCGUGUUGGAUUGAUCGAAACUUAAACUUUGGUAUCGAUGGUUUCGGAUAUGAUAAUAACACACCACGAAAACGCCAUGAAGGACAGACUGUCCGGCAAAUCGCAUACUGUGUCGGUACAGUUACCGCAGCAAAGGAACGCGGAGCAAUGUAAAAACCUCGACGGGGAAACGCAGCAAAAUGCUGAGAGAACUGGGCCGCACAGAAAUCAGAUGAAAAACGUCAGCAAAGAGGACCCGAUGUCACAUCGUAUAAUAGAAAAACGACGACGUGAUCGGAUGAAUAACUGCUUGGCCGAUCUAUCACGGCUGAUUCCAGCCGAAUAUAUGAAAAAAGGCCGAGGUCGAGUUGAAAAAACCGAAAUAAUCGAAAUGGCCAUCAAACACAUGAAGUAUCUCCAAUCUAUCGUUUCCUCGUMUGUCGGUAAUCAACCACCGCCACUUGAACCCUCAGAACCUCUGGAAACCGAAAAGUCCGAAAAUUCUACCGCCGAGAAACCCGGAAACUCCAUUUUAAUGACAGAACAGUACAAGAUGGGGUUUUUGGAAUGUCUGACYGAAACCAUGCAGUACCUCGUCGAGGAACAUAGGUAUCCUCCCAACAACGGGUUAUGCUUGUCACUCAUAAAUCACUUACAACAACAUUGUGCUCAGAUAAUCAAAGGAAAACAAGUGAUCCAUGACGUGAUGAAACAGAAUAUCGAGCUGGAAGUGAACAAAUUCAACUCGAACAUGCUAUCAUACCUGGACAGCGACGGAACUUAUGACGAAACCGGUCAACACAAACCUUCUUUGAAAAUCUCGGAAUCUCMUACGUCGACCAACGCGUCAUAUGACCAGGCACUAGCGGACAGGUGCAACAUGUCGUUCACGACGGACUCGUAUUCGUCCAACGGAUCCAUGUACAAGUUCAAGAYGGACAUCAAACAGCGGUUCAGCGCCGAGAACAGCGGUGAAGACUUGGCCGAUUACUACGCGCCGGACAAGAAACGUCGCCGGAAAGAAUCGUCUGAUUACACCGAAGAUUGCAGACAGGAAGUGCCGAUAUUUGCGCUUCACGCCAACGGGUCGUACUACAUACCGCUGACAGUCAMUAGAGACAUCAUACCGCCUAUCAUGGAUCACUCGCUGACCGAAAACCGUUCGUCGGCCAUCGUACACCCGAUAUCGAUUUCGGUAAACUUCCAAGCGACCAAUCAGUUCAGAAGAACGGCGUAGUCCCGACGGCGCGUGGUGGAUGGAUCACGGCGCCGACAUGUAACUGCUAGGUGCAGAGGCACAGCGCGGGGCCGGGGCUGCUGACUGAAAUAUAUCGACACAAGAAACGACGAAUCGGAACAAAAUUGGCGCCCUCAGCCAUAAUAAUAAUAUAAUAUUAUGAUGUUUCGCGAUUUUUGUGUUAUCCRCCGUGGAGCUCUUAUUACACAUACGUAGUGCGACCGCCCGUGGUUUUGUUUUAUAUUCAGAAAACACUUUUGGGCUCUAAAACUUGUCUGAAUAUUUCUAAAAACUGCACUUUUUGAGGGUGCCUAUAAGAAAUCUUACACAAGAAUUAUACAUUUAUUUUAUGGAUACUUGCUACUUGGAUCCCAUUUUAGCAAUACUCGAUAGUGUAUAAGGUUUAAAAUCGAAAAACUAAUAAAAACUACUAGGUAAUAAAUAUUGUAAUUUGAAUUCAGUGCAGAAGGCAACAUAAUUGUUUUUAUUAAUUACCUCCCAGGAAAACAGAAAAUUGUCAGGAACCCCUAUAUCCCUUAUCCCUCCUACACCGGCAAUAUAUAUUCAUACGCACCAUUACCUGUUUYGGGAAUGUGACUCUGGACUAGGCUCCGUCUUAAAAGCUUAACGUUAAUCAAUAUAUUGUCGGCUCUAUAGUGUUAUUUUAAAUGUGUAUGUAUCUUAUAGAGUAUAUAAAUAAAAUAUCAUUAUAGGUA